CAGUGCGCAUGUGUCAUACCCCAUAACCCCGGACCCAUGUCCGCCUGUGACCAAGCCUCCUUUCAUAGGCCUUGACUUGCAGCCAGUCGCUGAUCCGGAAACAGAAUUUCGUCACUGCCUCCAUCUUGACGGAAGAAGAGGGAGAGCUGUGAAGCUGCGUGUUUAUUGUUCAGCUGACUAUCUGAUUUACACAUAGAACUCUUCCACCAUGGCGAUGCAAGCAGCGAAACGCGCUAACAUUCGAUUACCUCCCGAGGUGAACAGAAUCCUGUACGUGAGGAACCUUCCUUACAAGAUCACAGCUGAGGAAAUGUAUGAUAUCUUUGGGAAAUAUGGACCAAUACGCCAAAUCAGAACCGGGAACACACCUGAAUCAAGAGGAACAGCGUAUGUGGUUUAUGAAGACAUCUUUGAUGCCAAGAACGCCUGUGACCAUCUGUCAGGCUUCAACGUCUGCAACCGAUACCUGGUGGUCCUCUACUACAAUGCGAACAGAGCGUUCCAGAAGAUGGACACAAAGAAGAAAGAGGAACAGCUGAAGCUUCUAAAAGAGAAAUACGGCAUCAACACAGACCCUCCAAAAUAGCAUCCUGGAAACCCCCCCCCACCUCCACGCCUUUCACCUCCAUGUUCACAAUCUUUCUCUCCUCUGUCUGUACAAACCACCCAUGGGUUUCAACUAUUCUUUUUUUAAUGAUUUUAUUGAAAUGAGGACUUUGAUAUUUUUUUAGCUUUAUUAUUUCCAUCAUUAAAUCCGUGUGCACACUGGUCAGACUGGCAGUAUGUGUGAACACUGGUCAGACUGGCAGUAUGUAUGAACCCUGGUCAGACUGGCAGUAUGUGUGAAUUAACAUCAGAGCAGGGAGCUGUUAUGUGCCAGCUGCAUAGAACUCCACUUUCAGAACUUUGGUUGGUGAUCCUGUCAAAGUGAUCGACAGGCACAACAAACUCUUCAGCAAGAAACAAGUUUCACCAGGAUUUAGAUGGUGACUGGUCAUAGUAUUCAGCCUGGGUAAGAUGGCUCCAUAUUUUUCACUCUUUUUGUUAUUGUUUUCAUACUUCUACAAUCUUAUAAUUUAAAGCCAACCAUGGUCUUGCAGUGUGUGAUAUGAAACUGAGUUGAUCAGUACCGACUAUGUAAAGUGUAUAAAAUAAAUGUUGCUUCUCUAAAA